AUGUACCACAAAGACGGUUUCAUUCUCUACAUCAUUGCUUGUGCACGUUGGUCGCUAACGUUUGGAGAAAACGGCCGAUUCACCAGGGACGAGAAGACGGACAACAGCCUGUAUUUCUAUGCUGGAGGUGGUCGAGUACCUGUUGUGCUGAGGCGGCCGGCUGGACUCAGCGGCAAUGCGCUCAAAGAUGUUGACGGAGAAAUUCAUGAUUGA